AUGGCUGCGGUAGUACUUCCGGGAGGACGGCGCUGUGGGACUUUUUUGGCGCGAGGGCGGCCGGCGGCCCGGAGGGCGCGGCUCGCGCUCCGUGUUUUGGGUCCGGGCGGCGCCAUGCGCUACAACGAGAAGGAGCUGCAGGCGCUCUCCCGGCAGCCGGCCGAGCUGGCGGCCGAGCUCGGCAUGCGGGGCCCCAAGAAAGGCAGCGUGCUGAAGCGGCGACUGGUGAAGCUGGUGGUCAACUUCCUUUUCUACUUUCGGACGGACGAGGCCGAGCCCGUCGGAGCCCUACUGCUGGAGCACUGCAGAGUCACUCAGGAAGAGCCCAGCGGCUUCUCCAUCAGCUUCAUCGAGGAUCCGGAGAGGAAGUAUCACUUCGAGUGCCGCAGUGAGGAACAGUGUCAGGAGUGGAUGGGGGCUCUGCGUCGAGCCAGCUACGAGUUCAUGCGGAGAAGCCUUAUAUUCUACAGAAAUGAGAUCCAGAAAAUGACCGGCAAGGACCCCCUGGAGCAGUUUGGCAUCUCCGAGGAGGCCAGGUUCCAGCUGGGUGGCUUGAAGGCCUGAGUGUGGGGUGGGGCUUUUCAGCUUUUCUACUGGGGCUGGAAGAGCCCUCCCCGUCCUCACCAGGCCCUGGGGUUCCUGGCCAAGCCUGGAUUUGCUGCAGCAGACUUCAGAAACCCAAGACUGGUGGAGGUGGGCGGGGGCAGGUUGGAGAGACAACCCAGUGACCCCACCCCCACCCCCACCCUGGUGCCUCAGGCCCACCCCCUGACUCCCCCCCUCCCCCAGACUGGUCUGGCACCUGCUGGUGCCACAUGCUGCUACCGGGGGAUGAGUGUCCCCUCCCAGAAGCUGUGCCCAGCCCUUGGGUGUAUCCAUCUGGGGCCUUGAAGCGCCCAAGGCUGGUGCAGCCCUGCUUCCCUGUGCAGGCUGAAUGUACGAAGCUAGACGAUGCUGUGAAGGGCGUGGGGGCCGGGCCUCCUGGAGCCACUGUGAAUUCUACUCCUACCGACGGGCAAGCCCUGGCUGGGCGCCUCCGGGCGGGGAGCUGCAAGCAUUGACUCAGGCCAGCGUGCUUGUUCUGUUCAAAUAAAGGUACCUCUUUUCCACGUGGGACGGUGCUGCAGUGGACACGUGGAGGGCUGGCGGGCCGGGUGGUUGAGCCGGCUCCAGAAGGAAGCAGGGUCUAAGUGGAACAGCAGUGCUCUCCAGGCCAGAGGUUUAAGUUCCCCGGGAGGAAGGGCUGGCCUGCCUGGAUCAGAGAGACCUAGAACCAGACCACGGAGAGACGGGGAGGCUGGGUGAGGAACCCUAAGGUGAUCCUGACUGGACCCCACUUCCAGUUCCCAGGCCUCCCUCGAGUCCAGGCAGGACCUCAGGAAGCAUUUUGCCAGCGUAAAAGUCCUAAAUUAGUUGGUUUUACUUCAAAAGGGAAGUGUGCUGGGUUGCGCUGACCUAUUCAGGUGUAGGCGCAGGUGGGGCGGGCCCUCCCUGAGAUGAGUGCUCACAGUCACGGUCUCACGGCUGCCUUGGGGGGCUUCUUCUGUGAGCCCCAGUCCUCCCACUUGGGGAGUGGGGAGUGUGGCCCCUGGCCCUCAUGCCUCUCCCUCACCCUGUCGUAAGCAGAAAGAAAUGGUUCCAGCAGACCAGGUUCAAAUGAAAAGUAUUUUAUUACAGCGCCUAGAGGUGGAGAUGCAGAGUGCGUUGGGGUUCUCUUAGGACAGGAGGAGGGUCGAGGCAGCAGCCCGGGGAGGGACAGGCCAUGCCAGCACCCACCCCCAACUGGAACACAGUCUACCAGAAACACAAAGCGAAGCCCCGUCUGAGUUACAGAUUAAGGUGGACACACGAAAAACGAGCCAGUGUGGCUGGACCAUGGGGAGGAGGACAGGGGCCGGGAAGGAACCGUGUCCUGCUGUGGAGCGAGCGGUGUGGAUCAAGAGGGGCGCGUGAGGCUCACACGCGUCAGUCUGUAGCUGUGAGAAACGGCGACUGCCCGGGGGGGGGCCGUUUUCCUUGUUGAGUUUUCCUGAGCAGAGCCACCCUGCGGCCCACCGGCCUUCCCUGAAGGUGCCCGCAGUCAGCGGUGGCACCGGGGCCUUGCGCACCACCGCCGCGCUGCCUUCCCUCCCACAGCCGGCCUUGCUGGGGGCGGGGGGGGGGGGGGGGGGGAGACUGGGGACUGGUCCCGCGGUCAGGAGGGCCGAGGGGCUCAGGAAGCAGACUCCCUAGCCUAACCCGCCAGGGACAGCGGGGCCGCUGAGAUUGCACACCGACGCUCGUGCGUGUGCGCCGUUUCUAUCGGGAGGGUGCGUGUGGCACGUCGCUGGGGACCCCCCCGAAGCGAUGCGGUGUUUGUGUACAGGGUUGCCCUGUUCUAGACCAGGGACUUGUGCCGUGACCUCUCCGCUGCCCACCCUGUAGUUUUUAGGGAGCCCUGGGCUCCUGACACAGGGGGUGGGAGGGCACCCUCUCAGAGAGGCCGAGCAGACACCGCCUUGUCCCGGAGGCCAGGGCUUGGGGUUCACAGGGGCGAGGCACAGCACCUUCACACGCCGGGGAGCACCGGCCCAGAGGGAGGGAGCCACGACCACCAGUUACAGGAGGAUGAGCCAAUUUCAAGAACCCAUCACGAGCACCACCUUCUGCCUCAACUGUUGGUCUGGACCAGCGACGUCACCCCCAGGGCAAGCAGGGAAGCAGGGCUCUCACAGGGAGGGUCCGGCCAACUUCCAAAGCUGAGCCAGUGGCCAGACCUGGCCUGCAUAGACCGGUCCGCCAUCUUGAGGUGGCGGCAGGCAGAAAACCAUCCUCCGGCCCCGCCUGCCAGAAAGGCUGGCUCCAGCCCCGCCCCUGGGGGUGAGGAGGAAGUGGGGCCUGGCCUGGGCCCACCACACUGACGCUCCCAGGUAGGCAGAGGACUCCUGACAUCCACACUUGGAGGGAGGCAGCCUUGCUGGCCAGACCGGAUGCGGCAGGAGCUCAAGGCCUUUACUUGAGCAACAGGUUAGACCCUACACACAGCCCACCUUCAGAAAGAGGCAAGCUGCCUGUGUUCCUUGGUGGGUGCAAGCACCUGAGAACAGGGCUGACCCCUCCCCCAUCUUGGGGUUCAGGUCCCCUCCCAGGACCUUGGCUGACGUGGGCCCUUUCAGGGGAUGGAAGGCUUCGGGCGGGGGGGGGGGGGGGGCACCCUUCUGAAGACUGUGGAGAGACACAGCACUGGUCAGCUGGGGGACCCGGGACCAGUCACAGACUGCUAUGCUGGACCCUGCUGGCCACCUCUGGAAACAUCUAAAAUGACUCUCCUGACUCUUCCCUGGUCACCUGCCCCCCCCCCCCCCCCCCCCCCCCACCGUGCAUUCAUUCCCAAGCACCAUCAAGGCUGCUCCGGGGUAGGGGCCGGCUGAGACCGGGAGCAGCAAUGCCAACUGGCCAGAGAGACACGGGCAGGACGUGGGGCCUGUCCCCUCUGCCCCAGGAGCCGCGGUGACGCAGAGUCCGGGGCUGAGGGCCGGCCCUGGGCCCCUGCCACUGUGUGCACUUGAAUAAAUAGAAAGGUUUCCCCCCUCA